AUGACCACCGAAUUCGCGAAAUCGUCGAACGAAGCUUUAGAGAUAAGAUUACGCAGGAUAGAACUAGAUGAAAACCUCUUGGAAUCUGAGGAAGAGUUAAGAUUGACGCGACCAUGGAAUCCUGAGUUUACAUACCCAAUAUUUGGAACAGAAGAGCAAAUAUAUGGGUACAAGAACCUACGAAUCAAUCUCGAUAUGGCUUCAGGUUCUUUAAGAUCUCAAUUGAGAGUUAGCUACGAAGGAAAAAAAGAUGACGCUGAUAACGUUGAAGAUAAGCUUGAAGAAUUUAUACCCUUAGAAAAGGGCGAUUUUGAUAGUAUUGUUAAGGACGAUGCAAAGGAGUUUAGACCACCAGGAGAACUAGUAACGUCCUACACUCGUAAUUCUGCUAAGUCAGAAGGUAAAGGUAAAGGAAAGAGAAGGAGAGUUGAAACUUCAAACGGAUCAAUCACUGGUGAAGAAGGUGACGUCGUUUAUGAAAUAUACAGAUCAUCCUGGCAAACGGCUGGAUGGAAAGACUUCAAUAGACGUAUGCAGUUCUUCCUUUUACUAUUUAUUGAAGCAGCGAACUACCUAGAUGAAGAUGAUGAUAACUGGGAAUUCUUCACUUUAUUUGAAAGGAGAUGCAGAGAGGAUGGAAGUUAUGCAUAUCAUUUUGUUGGCUAUUCAUCUUUAUACUCCUUUUAUCAUUUUCCUACUGGACAUAGACAACGCUUAUCGCAAUUUCUGAUUCUACCUCCAUACCAACGACAAGGUCAUGCCUCAGAGUUAUACAAUUCGAUUCGUAGUGAUGUUUUAAGCAGACAAGAUGUUAUAGAAUUGGGCGUUGAGGAUCCUUCUGAGGCUUUUGAUAUCCUGCGUGACAUUAACGACCUUCGCUGGUUGAACGAAAUGAAGCUUCUUGAAAACAAGACAGCUUUGGAUAUAGAUAGACAGUGGAUAGAGCAAGAAAGGAAAAAGCUUAAAGUAGCCAGACGUCAAUUUCUUCGUCUUAUUGAGAUGCUUUUAUUACAUAAACUCGAUCCAAAGAAUCAAGAACAAUUAAAAAGAUUUAGACUACUUGUCAAAGAUCGCCUUUACCGUUUCAAUUAUGAACAAUUAAUCGAUUUGACACCCGAAGAACGUAAAGCAGCUCUUCAGCUGACCUAUGAAGGUGUCAUUGAUAACUAUCGUGAUAUAAUUCUCAAAAGUCACGUCUAA